CUAACACUUUUUGUACGCUUCAAGACGCAAGAAUCCUCACGCUGUUCUUCUUCAAUCGCCCUCGAUCUAUCCUGCUUUGAUCGGCAAGGGAACAGACAAAAUGGUCCGCCGGUUUUCAAAGUUCCCCAAGAAGCCCGCCGACUGGCUGCCUCCUACUGCUCCGCUGUCUAUGCGGAAGCAAGUAUUUCUACCUGAAUUCACGAUUGCUCUGAUCCGGACUCCCUUCCUAGCCCCGCGAUAUGCCUCGUUCUACGUCCCCCUCAACUUCAACAAACUUGACAUGCGCGACUACCUCAAGCGCUUAUACGGGGUGACGACCGUCAGCAUACGCAGCUUCGUCGAGCAGCAGAAGAUUACCCGGAUGCGCCCGCUGGGAAAAUUCGGUUACGGACGGUGGAGAAGGCCGCAGUCCAAGAAGAAGAUGACGGUUGAGAUGACAGAGCCGUUUGCAUGGCCAGAGGCACCGAAGGACAUGGCUGCAUGGGAGACGGAACAAUACUACAAGGCGAAGAAAUACCAGGACCACCUCCACGACCAGCAACGUCCCGAAGCAGCAAUGGAGGCCAACAAAGAGGACAGACAGGCCUUUGAGGAACAAGCAAAGGAGCUACAGGACGGCAAGCGCGUGUGGCGACCAACCUGGCAAGCUCUGGGGUUGAACUAUGACCGGACGGCCGUGAACAGGAGAAGCAAAGGAUCAGCUUCUUCGUAA